AGCUUAAAUUUAAUUUAAGUAUACCAUAAUUGAAAUUUAUUUUAUAAUUGCUAUUUAAAAUUAUAUUUACUAUAACAUUAGAGUAUAUAACAUGCCCGGGUACAAGGUGUCCAGGUUUCCAAAUUUAUCGGCCAAAGAAAAGCCAGAAUAUACGUGCAGUUUAUGUGAGGACAUACUCAACUGCCCGAUGACUACCCCGUGUUGUCUGAAAACAUUUUGCGAGGACUGUAUCACUAAAUGGUUACAAAACAACACUACCUGUCCUUAUGAUAGGAAAACGCUGACUGUUGAUAAACUAUAUCCAGCAUCGAGUGUACUAGUGUAUAAUUUAGGAAAUUUAAAAAUUAAUUGCGAGUUUUGGGAUAAUGGCUGUCGGGAAGUGAUAAAGUUAGAGGACCUCAUACAACACACCGCCAUCUGUGAGCACAAUGAGGCAAAACGUCCGAAAACGUGUGACGUAUGCUAUUGUGACAAAACACGUGAUCACGACUGCGUAAAAGCACUACUCGUAGCCAAAUGUAGCGCGAAUAUCGAAAUAGAUUUCUUACGAAAAACGGUGACAGAUAUGGAAAGUGAGAAAGAUCAGACGAUGCUAAAAUGAAAUUAUUAAACUUAUUAUUAAACAUGGUGAUCGACGAGAAUUGCAAAAAUAAAGACGAUGUUUUAGAUAUUUUGAAUGAGCUGGCACAUAAUAAAUAUAUAAGGCAAAAAUCGCGAGAUUUUAAUUCAAUUAUCAAAUUGCUCUCGGUUAUUGAUGAAACAAUUCUCAUUAAUACGUGCAAUACGGUAUUGGUUAAAAUUUGGAAAAUAUUGUUUAGUUUAACAGAUGAAAAUUCUAGCAACUCAUGCGAACAGUUUAUGGAUAAAA